CUUCUGGUGUAGUUAUAAAAUUGAGCUCUUUAAUCAAACAAUAUUUCUAGACAUAUUUAUAAUGACAUAUCACGAGAAUUCUCUUGUUAUGGAUGUCGGUUUACUGGCUGACUUGUCUAGAGAACUUAAAGAUCGAAUAUGUGCAGAAACUUUCCAAAAGCUCCAAAGACGAACUGAUAGAGAGCUAUUCAGUGUUAACUGCGAAGUGGACAGAGUUCUAAGAAAUGAGUCCUAUAUAAGAUCGAGACUAUAUUCACUCAUUGAUAUCCGUCAAACAGAUCACAAACGAAAUAUGAAGAUCAGAAACAAUUUGUGGAAUAAGAAGUUACUACUCCCCUCCAGUGAAAAAUCGCGCAAAUCUUCUGACAAGAGCUUUAUUUUUAGGAAAAUGGAACUGAGGCCCAUCUAUGACAAAUCGUGGGAUAGCGAAUAUUUACAGAACUAUCCACUGGAUCUAGUUGUUCAGUCGGCUCCACCAAGGCUAACAUCAGACCAAUUACCUACCGUGAAUAUGAAAAGUGGUCGACAGUUAUUUACCGCACGAAACUACAAAUCCAGGAAGAACGAAAUUUUUACAAACGAUAAUAACAAGAAGCGUAUAUCUGAAAGUGUAUUAAUUAGGCCAAAAGAACAAGGGAAAUUUGUAAACCAGUGGCGUCCAGAAUCUAAUCCAUUGAGCUGGAGGGAUAUAAAAUUUACAAAUAUUAAUAGUGAAGCCAGAGGGAAAAGCAGAAACCGAUUAUGUGGGGCCUUUAACGCAACAUCGUUCCAGUUAAUCUAUGGACAACAGUCUUGAUUUAAAUAAACGCCCUUUUCGGUGAUAUACGCCUUCUGUUUGAAAUAUUAAUAGUCGAAAAAUCGUUAAACGUAAAGAAAACUGUACUUCAAAAAUAUUUCAACGAAGUGUCAUCUAAUCAACAGAAUUUUAUUUAGUGGAUAUUUCAAAUGUUCUAAGGGACUGGAAAGUAUACUUUAUACCCGAAACUGUAUAUACAUUCAUUGUUCUACUGGUAAACACUACUCUUAACCUAAUCUUCGUACCAUUCUUCUUUAACUUUCAUUAUUUCAUUUGAAGUUUCUUCAUGAUAGUAGAUUUAUACAACAAUGCUGGUUAUUUUUUAAACUUUUUCUAAUGAAUUGACAUUCAUAACAUAGAUUUUAUAGCUUGCCAUUUUUGUAACUUCUAAUUUAUGAUUGUUCAACUUCCUGAAUCAGCUCCACGAGAUGUUCUCAUUGGUUACUGCGUGUUCUUAUGAGUAUUUUCCCUUUGUCUUCCAGUAAAAUAUUGACUUAAAAGUAAUCGGAUUAUUAUGUAGAAGAUUAUUCGUUUAAUUAAGUCUGGACAAAAAUUACACGUAACCAUUGUAUUAAAGCUUCUAAAACCAUUUAUAACUUUUUUGAAGUUGAAAAGAUUUGAGCUAAUUAAUAUAAAAU